GUUUCUAUAACAACGUUUGUGUGAGCAGCUCAGCAGCUGCAGGGACCGGAGUGGAGAGACUUCUGGCAUGGGUAUGAUUGGAGUGCCAACGGGGAGCAGCGAGAGGACGGGACGGUGGGAAUGCAGACAGGGUCAGAUGAUGUAGUUCACAUGAUACUGGGUGUGGCCACAGGGUCAGAGGGUGUAACCAGAGGGUCAGAGGGCAGUGUGGUCCUGGGUCUAACAGUGAGUGUUAGCGGGGAGAGUUCUCUGGAGAUGGAUCCCGGUCUCCUGGAGGGCUCAGUCCUGACUGAGCAGCAGAAGCUACGCCAUGUGUUGGACUGGGCUAAGAAUUUCCUCGGGACCAAUCAGGAUGGGCACAAUCUCAGCAGAACCUCCCCUUCCUCCCCGCAUUUGCACUCUACUCCAGCAGCGCAUCGACUCGAGGUCGGUGGAAGAGCUGCUGUCUCCCCCCUUGAAACCUUUCACAAUCUUGUCAGAAGCCGAAAUGUGAGAGAAAACAUGGUAGGCCAAUCAGAGCCUCUGACCAGGCUUCCAUACACCACCCCACUGCCUUGCCACACUCUCUCCCACACCCCAGGUGGCCGUGAGUUUUCUGGGCCUGAGUUUCAAGAGAAUCCUGGGCAUAAGGAGCUGGUCCUGUUCUCUGGGCCACAAGAGGAUAACAAUGACCAACCACGUUUCCUUGGUGUAGACAACCCUCAGGCAGACCAGACUCACCACAAACCAAUAGCUCCUCAUCCUGAGGGGAGAGAUGGUGUUUCCAUCAGUGAAAGCCUAAGAGACAGAGACCGUAGCGUUACAAACUGUUGCUCCUCAGUGGACAGUGACACUAUCCUAUGGUUGCCUGGAUAUGGUCCUUUAUCCAUAGCCCAUGACCUCAUAUCAAGGGAAGGGGGUUGUGGUGAGAGAGAGGACAGAGUUUUGGGAAUGCAGGAACACAAAGAGGAGAAGCCGGUGGCAGAGGAGGAGGACCCAAAAACAGGCCUUGAGGGAAACAGUAGUAUCAUACCUUAUGGAUCCUCUAGGGUCGCACUAGAGGGUAAACAUCUAGAUUGGGGAGCCAACGGCUGGGUGUCAAAGGGCCUGAGUGUGUAUGAGGAGUAUCUGCUGUGUGUGUCCCGUUUGGACCACCUCAGAACAGAGCAGAACCAAGCACCUGCUGACGUCAUGACCCUACCUGCUGACAUCAUGACCCUACCUGCUGACGUCAUGACCCUACCUGCUGACGUCAUGACCCUACCUGCUGACGGCAUGACCCUACCUGCUGACGUCAUGACCCUACCUGCUGACAUCAUGACCCUACCUGCUGACGUCAUGACCCUGCCUGCUGACGUCAUGACCCUACCUGCAGACGUCAUGACCCUACCUGCUGACGUCAUGACCCUAUCUGCUGACGUCAUGACCCUACCUGCUGACAUCAUGACCCUAUCUGCUGACGUCAUGACCCUACCUGCUGACGUCAUGACCCUACCUGCUGACGUCAUGACCCUACCUGCUGACGUCAUGACCCUACCUGCUGACAUCAUGACCCUAUCUGCUGACGUCAUGACCCUACCUGCUGACCAAACGGCUGACCCCUCCGAGCAACCUCUGAGUGCUGGGCUGGAGGUUGCUAAGCAACAUGUCCAUCAGGACAUCCACAACGAGGGGAGGCGUGCACCAUUCAAGAGUUCAGAAGUGAAGAACAGUAGAGGUAUGUCUCUAAUAUAG